CUUUGCUCGGCUGGUGAACCGCUGAAGGACUCAUCCGGUGAACGAAAUAUGGAAUGUUCUCCCACUGGAAGUGGUGCCAACUCAUGCCCAUCUACACAUUCCUGCGAAAGCUCGACCACCUUCGGUGGUGUUUGCUGUCCACGUCCGCAGUACGUGUGCAAACUUCCGCGUGAGCAGGGUAACUGUGGAACGUACUCGAACCGAUGGUGGUUCAACGCAAAAACCGGAAACUGCGAAGAGUUUAUCUACUCUGGUUGUCAAGGAAAUUCGAACAACUUUGAGACGUAUAAAGAGUGUCAGGAUUAUUGCCGAGAUGCAAGAAGUGAACCUCAGUGCAUUCAAGGCACAGCGCUUACGGAUUCGAACGGGAACUUCAUUAUCUGUGGCGGUUCAACGGCUGCUUCCACGACCUGUCCUGCUAACCAUUAUUGUUAUUAUGAUGGCACCACUUAUGGAUGUUGCCCUACACAAGGUUGA